AUGACAGACACCAAACAAAAAAGAGAGCCCAGCUGGAUAGAGGUUCAGGAGGUGGUAAGAAAAGCCAGAUCAGCCUCCAUUCCAGGGCCUAGCGGUGUCCCAUACAUUGUGUACAAGCGCUGCCCGCAACUCCUUCGGCACCUGUGGAAGUGUCUUAGGGUGAUCUGGCGCAAGGGAAGAAUCGCCAAGCAGUGGAGAUAUGCAGAAGGCGUAUGGAUCCCCAAGGAAGAGAAUUCAAUAAACAUCAGUCAGUUCAGAGUUACCUCACUGGUAAGCGUCGAAGGCAAGAUUUUCUUCAGCAUCCUGUCACGACGAAUAACUGAAUUUCUCUUUAAGAACAACUAUAUUGAUACUUCUGUGCAAAAGGGUGGAAUUCCAGGAGUGCCGGGCUGUUUGGAACACACGGGAGUCAUUACACAACUCAUCAGGGAGGCUCGAGAAGGAAAAGGAGACUUUACUGUAUUAUGGUUGGACCUUGCGAAUGCAUAUGGAUCCAUACCUCACAAUCUUAUUGUGCUUGCCCUCCAACAACACGGGAAGUAUGGCAGUAUAGAGAGUCCAGGGAUCCAAAGGUGGCAGCAGCUGGCAUACAGGUGCGAACAGGCAGAAAAUGGAGUGCAGAAAAAUCAUUGGAAGUGGCAGAGGCAAGGAGCAUGGACUAAAUGGGAUAACGUUCAGCAACGUAAGAUCACUUGGGCUGACAUCUGGAAAGAUUUCCAUCGAAUCAGGUUCUUAGUCCAAACUGUUUACGAUGUCUUACCAAGUCCAGCAAACCUCCACGUCUGGGGAAAAAGUGAGACACCAUCCUGCCCCCUCUGUUCAGGAAGGGGAUCACUAAAACAUCUCCUUAGCAGCUGCCCAAAAUCCCUUGGAGAAGGGCGCUAUCGCUGGCACCAUGACCAGGUGCUUAAGGCAGUUGCUGAGAGCAUUGCCACAGCCAUCAAGGCCAUUAAGGGCCACCACCAUAAGCCAAAGACCAUCAAGUUCCUCAGAGCUGGAGAGAAGGCCCACCCACAGCCGAGAGUAAAGAUCGGUCUCCUCGCAACUGCUACUGACUGGCAACUGGAAGUGGAUCUUGAUAAACGACUGAAGAUCCCUACCAGAAUAACAUCCACACAGCUUCGUCCAGACAUGAUCAUUGUUUCAAAUUCCACUAAGCAAUUGAUCUUGCUGGAACUAACUGUGUCUUGGGAAGAGCGUAUGGACGAGGCCAAUGAGAGGAAGCGUGCUAAAUACCAAGAGCUAGUUGAAGAGUGCAGGAGGCAGGGCUGGCAAACUCGUUGUGAGCCUCUGGAGGUGGGCUGCAGGGGUUUUGCAGGGCGAUCACUCUGCAAAGCAUUCAGGCUUCUAGGUGUCACUGGGGAGGCGAAAAGAAAGGCGAUUAGAUCCGCGACUGAAGCUGCAGAGAGAGCCACUAGGUGGCUUUGGAUUAAGAGGGCAGAACCGUGGGCAGUUGCUGCUGGGACACAGGCCGGGGUCUGA